GGAACUUUAUUUUUUUUAAAUUAAAGAUUGAUUGCUCCCUCUCGAUUUCUCUAUUUCAUAUGCAAUUGGUUUUCCUUUCCAGGUCGGUUAAUAAAUGCUUUUGUUGGUUACGACCCCAAGAAGCUGAGAUGAGUGUUGCAGAGCCUUCGAAGAAGGGUUCUUCUCUUCCCCGAAUUGUUAAGUUGGACAAGGCAUUGAAACUGGCCGAGGUAUGGGUAAAUAACAUGAGCAAAGUUGAAGAUGAUGAACCAACAGAUGCCGGCAAAGAGGGUCGGCCUCCUAGGCUUGGCCUUGGUGCAAAAGUUGUCCGCCAAUCCAAAGUGGUGCCCUCAGAUGACCCUGUUGAACGGAAGUUAUAUGCUAAGUUGGAUGCCAGAAAAAGAAAAGCUGCUGAGGAUUCUAGAUCAUCUCAAAGAGAUGUUGAAGAUGAAGACGACAACGCGGACGAAGAUAGCAGAAGUAGUUCAUUUAUGAAAAAGGCAGCACCACGUCCUUUGCCCUCAAUGAUUCUGGGAAAUAAGAAGAGGAAAUAACGAAACAUUUCAUAGUUGUUCCUUGCUACCUUUGAUGGCUAUAUAACUUGUUAACUACAUUCGGCUUGAUGGCUUCCACUGAACGCCUUGCAUUUAGAAACUGUAUAGGCAUUUACUGUAAUUUUUUGGGUAAGGUAAUGAUAUUUCAUGUAAUUUAGGUUAUAUGCUUCAUGAGAUUAAUAUCUAAUUGCAGUUUUGCGUCCAUUUAA